AUGCCCAUAGCGCUGCACGAGCAGCUCGUUCAAUUCCCACGAAUUGUUCCCAAACUUAUCCUGACGACAUUAAGCAUGGCGUCGCACGAUGCUCGUGCAAGCUUGUCAACCCGUGACACAGAUGAGAGCAGGAGGAUGAGCGGGAUGGUGGCAGUGCGAUGGAGGAUGAGAAGGAGCACGCUGACGCUCCUUGCGGCAAUAAUCAGCGGCAUGUACGUACACACGGUGGUGGUGAUGAUGAUGAAGGAGGAGAAGAUGAUGAUGAUGAUGAUGAUGGAGAUGAUGAUGAUGGAGAUGAUGGAGAUGAUGGAGAUGAUGAUGAUGAUGAUGAUGAUGAUGAUGAUGAUGAUGAUGAUGAUGAUGGAGAUGAUGGAGAUGAUGAUGAUGAUGAUGAUUGAUGGAGACGAUGAUGGAGAUGUUUAUUUCGCAUAUUCUUCUUUAAUCGUGACAAUCGCUCGCUCAUUUCGCCUCGUCGACAGGCGUGCGGCUGAAGCGGCGAUCUGCUGCAACCCAAUUCCGUUCGGAGAUGGCGGGUGGUGCCAUAGAUCCAACUGUCUUGGUGCCGGCUGUCAACUCGAUGACCCGAGAACGCCGGAAGAUGAAUCUUUAAGGCAGUGUUCAGACAUCACUCAGUGCGUCUGCGCUGGAAUUGUUGGAUGGACAACCAAAUCGUUUUGUUCGAUCGAAAGGUCUUGUAAAAAUGCACAAGCAGACUAUGACAGUGCAAGACAAUGGAUUGUAGACAGAACAACUGAGAAUCCUGGUGAAGAAUGUGUGAAGGUGUUGCUGAAGGUUGUGUGUGCUUAUCACUUUCCAUCACUUUGCAAUGCCCGCAGAUUCUGCGCCAAUGAUGUUCUCUCGUAUGACCAAGUCUGUUACUCUGCAUGCAAGGCUAUGAACGAUACUUGUGGAAUAACCCUGGACAAGUUUGCGCAUGUGGGAAUGAGAUGUAACUUCAAGAAGAUCGAUCCAGCAAACGUCGGCCAGGUCACUCGUGGCAAUCAGAGGUGCACGGCCAGCGGUUCACGCCUGGACCUAUCCAUCCCUCUGAUCCUGUUCUCUGUACUCGUGAUCUUCAGCCUGGAAGAGUUGAGAUUGGGAUCGCGACCCGCGAUGAGUGCUGGUUGA